AUGGGCGCGUGCACAUCAAGACGGCGCCAUCACGUCUCGGAGUUGAUGGACGAUGAGAUUGCCGCAAUUCGAGAAGUUUGGGUCAAGGCGAAAAACGAGGACGUCGGCAAGAAAAUCCUGCAAACACUCAUCGAAAAACGGCCAAAAUUCGCCGAAUACUUCGGGAUCCACUCAGAAUCGCUGGAUAUGAAAGUGCUCGUCCAAGUCAAGGAAUUUCAGUUGCAGGCGCACCGAAUCCAGAAUUUCUUGGACACAGCCGUGGGAUCGCUUGGUUUCUGCCCAAUCUCUUCCGUUUAUGAUAUGGCACAUCGGAUUGGCCAGAUACAUUUUUACAGAGGCGUGAAUUUUGGGGCGGAGAAUUGGCUUGUCUUCAAGAAGGUCACGGUGGAUCAGGUGACAAUGCCGAAAGAAUUGCUCAGCGAGAUAGAGAAGCGAAGAGAGACGGAAAUCAGGGAUUUGGAGAAGAGUCUGGAGAGAGGAUCUCUUACGGGCUCGAUUCGAGAGCCAAAUCACCUCAACGCCGACCUGCUUACUGAUCUUACGAAUUCUUAUUCUGGCGGAAAUUACCUGGCCAAACAGGGCUGGAAUAAACUGAUGACGGUCAUUGUCAGGGAGAUGAAGAAAGGUUUCCUCGAGGAGGCGAUGCGAAAUUGCCGCGAAGAGGACAACCUUCCCAUAUUUUCCACGGCCAAUGUU